ACAUAAUAGACAUAUUGUAAUGGGAAUCCCAGCUUUAACGAAACAGAAAUUCAUCUUCAUCUUCACUUUAAUUUACAUGGCCAAAUUGCACUGUCACUCAGGUCAUCAAAUACCCAUAUUAAUUCAUUUAGUUCCCUAGUUUUUUUAGUGUUGACAAUAUUGUUUGAAUUUAAUUGUGAUUAGCAGGAUAUGCAGAGGAUGCGCCGGGUCAAAUGGCUGAAGAGGCAUUGUCCUGUUUCAAUGAUAAGAUUUAUAGUGGCUGCAGUGAGGCCUAUAGAUUAACAGAAAGUGGGAAUGUUAACGUUCCACCAGAAGCAACUGACCUUUUCUGUAAUGGACCCUGCUUAACUGAGACACAAGCAAUCCUUUCUUGUAUUAACAAUAUUUUGUCUGAUUUCCUAUUCUACAAUAGAGCUACUGUAAGAGAUAUCAGAUAUGUCCUUAACGCAGGCUGCAGCUAUAGCAGUCUUAGAGGAGACUUCAAUGUGACAAGAUACAUAGAAGGUGAAACAAGCAGUGCAUACAGAUUGGCCUACUUCCUUGGCUUCCUUGCUUUCACUUGUGUUACUUUCUUGUAACUUUUUCAAUUCACUUGGCGGUUCA